AUGCCCAUCUCGUCCCUGCCCAGCAUCGCGUCCCCCCGCGCGGGCUUCACGCAGCGGUUAAGGAAACCCCUCAUCGAGCGGAAGCGAAGGGAGAGGAUUAAUAAUUGCUUGGACCAGCUGAAGGAGACUGUCGUGGGCGCCUUUCAUCUGGAUUCUAAACUGGAGAAAGCGGACAUCCUCGAGAUGACGGUGAAGCACCUCCAGAACAUCCAGAGCAGCAAGCUGCUGGUCGUCGCCGCGGCUCCCAGACACGUCCUGCAGCCAAAUUUUUCCCACAACAGCCCGAGAAUGGGCUCGUUAGAUAUGUGGAGACCGUGGUAA